AAAUGAUUGACCUUGCAUUUAAUAUUAUAUUUUAGUAUUUAAAAUGUGUUUAUAGUAUGUACUAUUUAUUUUUGUUAAUUUUAUUGUAAUUUUUAUUAAAUGAUUUAUUUCUAUAUAACAUGGAUUUAGAAACGUUUGCUUUAUUGCUUAUUGAAAAAAAUGAAAUUAUCCAUUACAAAUCAAAUAAGGAAAAUGUAAGGAACAUUUAUUUAAAUCUCUUUAGAGAAAGAAAUCAAAAAAUAAGUUUUUGGGAACAUCUUAUGGAAAUGUGGAGUUUUUGGUAUAUUGAUCGAUUCACCAAAACAAUAAUUCAUUUUAAUAAAAACUGGAUUGAUUAUUUGAAUUGCAAAGCACAUGAAAUCAUCGUUGAAGAUCAAAUCAGCGAAAAAAAGUACAUCACAGAUAAAUCUUGCAAAUUGUGCGCAACUGAGUUUUCAAGUAAAUUUAAAUAUUUGUCUCAUAAGGAAGAUCUAUCUCAUCGAAUCAGGAUGCAGUAUGUAACAAACAGGUCAAGCCUAAGGCAAUCAAAUAAACUAAGAGCAGAAAUACAGAAAAAUAAAUCUACCGUGGGAGUAAUAAAAGGCGAAUUGAAUCAAAACAUCGAUGUCCAACUGAAAAUAGAAAAUAUCUCAAAUACAAACAUAUUACUUAUUGAUGUUUUUAAAGUAAAUAAUAAUUUAACGGAAAUAGAGGUGUGCCGAAAUUAUCUAAAUUUACCAUGCAACUUGGAAAAACAUAAACAUAUUUUGGUACCUUUGAAGGGGUUCUUCACAAACAGCAUGGAUAUUCAAAUGCCGUUUAUUAUUGUGGCAAAAAAUAAAGCACAAAUAACUCAAGAAUUAUUGGUUUUUGAUGUACCUAUUGAAAUAACAUCCGAAUACUCGAAUUUAGCUAAAGACGAAGGUUACGACAGCAUGAUAAUGGAUAAACCAAGCCCUCCCACAACUCCGGUUAAAUACAAUCUUAGAGAACGUAUUGUACCUGGAGUUGCGCUAGUUAGAACGGCUAACAACAAAUACAAACAAACGGUUACCUUGCUUCAAUACGAAAUUCCUCAAUCAAUUGUCCAAGUUCUACGUCAAGUUUUGCGAGUGUGUCCAGAUUUUCAUAGGAGAAGUUACGUUAAUGAAUUUUUGCAAAGAGCUAUUGCCAAAGACUUUUUCUAUAUUUCUCCAAGAAUCCAGGAACAAAGCUACUGUGAAACUUUACACACUCUCCUAUAUUUAGAAGAAGCUCAAAUGAAGGUUGAUAUAAAAGAAUAUAAUAAUAUGUCAACCCUUACUCAUCUACAUGGAACAUUUUAUUUGUUGGAGGUAGCAGGACUGGCCGAAGCAAGACCUUCUUUACUAAUUGGUGAUUCUGUAUAUUUAAAAGAAUCUCCCGGGAGCAGUACAAAGUACCAAGGAGUUGUUCACAAGGUUUUGGAAACUGCUGUUGAACUGGGAAUUGAUUCUAGAUUUGGAAGAAUACAUUUUAACAAUACGAAAUUCUUUGUAGAAUUUGGUUUUAACAGAAGACCGUUAAAAGUUACACAUCAAGCUGUAGAUUUAAUAAAAAAACAUAAUAUAGCUUCUUAUUUUUUCCCUGAAACUAGCACUAUAGAAAUUAGAAACACAUCGUCAUUGGUUUACUUCAAUAAAAACCUUAACCAGGAGCAAAAAUUAGCAGUUCAAAACAUAUUAAAUGUUAAGGACGUGCCUUAUUUGUUAUUUGGUCCACCAGGUACUGGAAAAACGUAUACGUUAGUUGAAGCAAUCUUACAAGUACACAAAACGAACAACAAUUCAAAAAUACUUGUCUGCACCCCUUCAAAUGCCUCGGCAAAUGAAAUCACCAGCCGACUAGCAAAAUAUUUACCUCAAUCGUCGCUAUUUAGGUUAUUGGGUUCAAUUUAUGGCCAUGACAAACAAAAUACAUUUAAGAAUACGAAUGUUAAUAAAAAUGGUGAAUUUUUUAUGCCGUCGACCAAAGAAUUACUUAAAUACAGAAUUUUGUUAACCACAGUUGUAACUGCGGCAAGGUUAUUAAAUGGUGGUAUUCCUGAUGGACAUUUUACGUAUGUUUUUAUAGAUGAAAGCGGUUAUGCCACUGAAACUGAAACUCUUAUACCAGUGGCGGGUUUUUUGUCAAGUGUUAGAAGAAGAAGCAAAAUCACUGGCCAGCUGGUUUUGGCCGGCGAUCCUAAACAACUGGGCCCGAGAAUACAUUCAAAUUUUGUAAAAUUUUGUGGACUCGGUAUAUCAAUGCUCGAACGACUGAUGACAACCUGCAAUCUAUACGCAAGAGCAGACUAUAAAGGAACAUACAAUUCGAAAUACGUAACUAAACUAAUAAGGAACUACAGAUCGCAUCCAGAGAUUUUGAAAGUUUCCAAUGAACUAUUUUACGACGGGGAUCUCAUUGCAAUGGGAAAUGAGUAUAUUGAAGUUUUUUCGAAAUGGAAUAAUUUGGGAAAGCGUGAUUUCCCCCUACUUUUUCACGAUGUCGAAGGCGAAGAUAAAAAAGACAAAGAUUCCCCUAGUUAUUAUAAUAUUCAAGAGGUAGAAGUGGUGAUGGAUUAUUUAUCCAAAAUUUUAAAUCAAAUGAUCGGUGGUGUUAAAAUUAAACAGGAGCAUUUAGGAAUUAUAUCUCCCUACAGAAAACAGGUUUUAAAACUCAAACAAGCCUGUAACCGAAAGAGCUGGAGCAAUAUUUUAAUUGGUUCGGUAGAGCAAUUUCAAGGAAAAGAAAAAAUGAUAAUUAUUAUUUCUACAGUAAGAUCCAAGAGCAGUAAAAAUUUGCAAAACUUUGACCAAAAAUUUCAUUUGGGAUUUUUAAGAAAUCCAAAGAGGUUUAACGUUGCCAUCACUCGUGCUAAAGCUCUUUUGGUGGUUGUUGGAAACUCCAGAGUAUUGGAGCAAGACGUGAAUUGGAAAAAACUUUUGGAUCAUUGCAUGAAAAACAAAUCGGUAAUUGGUCAUAUCAAACCUUCGGCUGCUUACACGUUAAACCCAGAUGAUAUUUAUCGAUUAAAUAUCAACGACGUUGAUGUGGAAGAUGUCGAAUUUCCAUUCGAUAAUAUAUAAUUGCUAAAUAUUUUUUUAUGUUUUUAUGUGGAUUUGAAUCUUAUUUUAUAUUAAGUAAUAAAAAUUUUACUAAAGA